AUGAACGGAGCUGCUCGCUCGAUAUCGUGUCUCUUGUGCCGUCGUCAGCAUCUUCGUCAGUGUCUCUCAUUGAAGACAUUCACUCAUACUAAUUCUUUGUCUCCGAUCCACUUCCGUCCAAAUCGUGACUUUCACCAGUCCAAUGCCGCUCUCGUUGGCAAUGGACGACGUCAUACAACAGACGACUCGGAGGCUGUACUGGCUCAGCAGAUACUGGAAUUUAUGAAGCUUCCAGAGCAUGAAACCGAGAGAAUGCGUGAUGAUUCACUGUCGACGUUGCAGGCAGAGCUACCAGUUGAUGGAGUCAUCAUGGGCGUGCAAAAUGGUCUGGUGCGUGUCUCGGGGCUGCGUCAUGCCUCUGUCGGUAGUGUCGUGGCCGUGUUCGACACUUCAGGCCAGUUUUUGUGUCAUGGCCUUGUGCUCUUUUUGGAGAAGAAAUUGGUGCACGUGGCACUGCUUAAUGCCAAUGAUGAAGCAGCCCGGGUACAUCCCGUAUCCAAGGGUAUGAAUGUACAGCUUGAGCGUGAGCAGCUCGAGAUCCCUGGCAGUGUUGCAGCCUUUGCGGGUUCGAUGGUGGAUCCUCUGGGACGAGCAUUGCGGCUGGAUGAAGACCAGGACGCAGAGGAGACGGUGAUGACGGCAACUGGUCGCGUUAAGGUCACGUGUAGCGCGCAGAGUGUACCGGGCUUCAUGACGCGUGCUCCGCUUCAUUUGCCCUUCGAUACGGGUCUUUUGGCUAUAGACUGUCUGCAUCCAAUGGUUCAUGGCCAUCGCUUUGGAGUGUUGGGUCCUAGGAACUCGGGUAAGACGCGGGUGGCGUUGGAUGUUAUUGCGCAUCAAGUGGCGCAAGCAAAGGAGCGUAGAGAAACGCCACCCCAGUUCGUUUACGUGUGCGUAGGCAAGAUCUCGGUGAGGAUUCAUCAAAUUGUUGACGCGCUCAGGGCGAUGGGAGCUUUGGAACACACAACAAUCGUUGCAUCGAGUGACCGGGACUCGCUCGUGUUGCAGUACCUGACGCCGUUCACCGGUUGCGCUGUUGCCGAGUUUUUAAUGCACAAUGGCAGAUCUCCACGCAGUGUUGUGGUGUAUGACGACUUGGCCACGCACACGACAGUGGUGGAAGGAUUGGUGCAGCUGUUGCAUCUGCCCCGCGCCGCGCAAAUCAGCCUCAGUGGACAUAGCGUGCUUAUGGAGCGCUCGGCCCAAUUCAGGGGUGCUUCCAAGGAAAAAGAAGGUCCGUCGCUCACGUCGCUGGUGUUGGUCGAUGUGCCAGACAGUCACGAAAUUUCGUCAGAGUUGCAAGAGCGUGUGACGUCGCUUGUUGAUGACUAUGUUGGUCUUGAAUCAUCCUUAGCGCGUAGUCGCAUAUUUCCACCUGUGGACGUUUUGGCACCAGGAUCAUCGGUGCGCGGUCCACCUUUCCAGUCGGCGACGCGCUGGAGUUUUAUGAGUCGUCUGCGUGCGCGAAUCAACGCUGCUGCACAAGUGAAGCAAAAUGUGGACAUAGCACGCAAGCUGGGGUUUGAGGUGGAACCCGAGGACGCAGAAAGCCUUGAGUUCCUGGAGCUGGUGCAGCAGUUUUUCACGCAGAAACCUUUUGUGUCAGCCUCGAAUUCAGGACAGGAGCAAAUAGCACCAACAGAGCUCGAGACAGAACUGGGUGCUUUUUUUCUGACAAUUGUGGACAUGGCACAUUUUCCUCGAAGAGACGAUGUCGAUGAGGUACCAUUUUACCUGUGGGAGUUUCUGCGUGACGUCGUGAUCCGACUUUCCCGUGAAGAAAAUGAUGACAUUUUUUGCCAGUUGACUACACACUUGCGCACAAAGGCUUGGUCAUUGGACCUACAAGAAAAUGUGACUUUGGUGUUUUAUGAGGAGUUGGAGGCGAUUAAAAAGCGUCGAACGCAGAUAUACAAGGAAGAGCAAGUAAAGCGUAAGCAGUACCUACGCGAGCUUCAAGAGCGCAAAGCUGGCAGGAUGAAAAUAAUGGAGACGUAA